UCAGCGCGGGUUCCCUCGCACUGUUUAUGGCGACAUCGCUACCCAAGGGCGAUGGUCCCCAGCUUAAGAACGGGACGGAAGCUGUAGCGCUUGCAGUUCAUGCGGGCAUGCUAGCAGUGGGCUUCAGGCUCAUUGGGCUGGGAGAAGAUGAACGGAUAGAGGCGCAUUCAGAUGCAGAGGACCCGCAAUCACUCCCCGCCGAAUGGAACGCGUCAAGUUCCUACGCCUUCCGCUAUGCGCACGCGCAGUCCGCCAUGGAGUACCUCGUCAAAGUGAACCGACUAGGCAGCAAGUCUGUUGUUUACGGUCUCGCCAUCGGCGACGACAAGACGACAUACUUCGAUGUCACGACGAACGACUACCUCUCCCCCUCGAACCUGCCUCUCACGAUCCCGCAAGACACAUCGACAGAAGACGUAUCCAAGAAGCUGCAAGACCUCUUCAUUUCCGCAGGGCGGUUGAAUGACCUCGGGAUCACUCUUCAAGAUCUCCAUCGUCCAGAAACUGGCGCCCGGACUUCAGAAGGCAGGCGCUGAGGAGAGCAAUACCGAGCGCGACCAAGCUUCCACCGCAGACCGAUCAGCCCCGCGGCGAGGUCAGCCCCCAGAUGCGCGGGAUCCCCCAAACGAGCCAGAGCCGGCACGUCCAUAUCCCUUCCAAGACCCGCUUGCGCGACCCCGAGACAACCGCCCGCUGCCAGAACCCAUACCAGGCUUUGAAGACGAGUACGAGAUCAACAGACCAGCCCGCGGCGGUCUGCGAGACGACCGGUAUCCUGUCGGUAUAGGGCACGAUGACCUCUACCCGCCGGGUCUUGGGCCAAAUGACCCUCUUCGACCAAACCUAGGUCCAGGAAUACCGCGUCCAGGUGGUGGAUUCGGCGGUGGCAUGCACCCGACCUUCGACGAUCCGCUGUUCAGAGGUCAAGGUGGAGCAGGAGGCUACGAUCCCAUGGCACCUCCAGGCGCAAGAUACGAUCCCAUCGGUCCUGGUGGCGCACCUCGAGACAACCGUGGUGGAGGACGCUUUCCAGGUGGAGGUGGCUUCGGUGGACCUGGUGGCUUUGGAGGACCUGGCGGACGACCGCCGAACUCCUGCUAUUGGUGGCUUUGGGGACGGCGACUUCAUCUAAGGGCAUACGUCAUCGUUAUCGAGAUCACGACUUCACGCACACUACCGCGAUGAAUGUAGAUAUAGGAAAAGGUUGGGGGAGCUGUACCAAACGACCACCCACUCCUGAGCACAGCUCGAAGUGCUUGUGCAGUGUAAAUCAAUCAAAUCAUAUACAUGAAAUGUUCUUCAGUGAAUCAAGUAAACGUCAUUUCC